AAGAGUCGAAAUUCGCAAGAGAGAUAGAAAAGUGAAACGUCAAAAAAACGUGCGUAUUUGUGAAAUCCUGUGAAACAUUUUUCAAGGGAAUAAUUUCCCUUUAAAAACAUUGUGUAAUCUUUUUAAACCAACUUAUAAAUUUUUGUGUUUACCACCGAAACUUCAUUAGUACUACUCAAGCUGGCGAGCCACCAUAACCUAAAACAUCCCUCCAAAUCGGCGAACAUGUAUUGCAAAGAUAAAACCCUGCUAAAAACAAGUUCCAAGGCUCGUAGUUCCGUAGGAGGCUCCUCAAUUCUAAAAAAGACCUCCAGCAUCAGACGACGUCUGACCGAAAUAGUACAGACUCCUACAAAAGUGAGAUUUCAGUUGCCCCAUUCAAGGCGAGUAAGAAAUAUUCUUGAAGCAUAUGUCUCUUCAAAGGAAACUAAGGAAUAUUUGAGUUUGGUUUGUCUUAUACGGGAUGCGCAGCUUCUAGAUUCAGACUUAUCAUCAUUGAUCAAUGAAGCAACUGAAUGUAUUUCAUUGCUGAAUCAGGAUUUGCGUCUAUUUGUUGAGGCAUUACUUUCAGUGAAUUGGGUGGACCGCAGCUCAGAUGUUGUCAAGGAGUAUCAGAGUUUUAUAGUAAAUUUGCUCAGUGCACACAACUAUCAUGCUAAGUAUGUGAUUGAUAAGUUGGUGGGGCUCUUUUUGCCAAAUCCAAAAGAUCCAGUAUGGCCAGAUGGAAAAAUUACAAGUACAGACCUGCCAAAAUGCCUAAAUGUUCAUGUAGUUAUUAAAAUACUUCUUGAUGUUAUUCCUAUGUGUAAAGAUCUGCUAUUACAAUCUUUAAGUAAACAGUACCCAUAUUAUAAUAAACCCACUCAUAUUCAGGAGUAUUAUUUAUAUAAUUUAUUGAUGUUACUUUCAUAUCAGCCACAUUUACGGCCUGAUAUUCUGCAUUUAGUAUUUUCAAAAUUAAUUAUAAUGGAUGUAAAUGCUCCAAAAGAAGACAUACUGAAACCAUUGGAAGAAGAUGAGGACAUUUUCCAAAUGGAUGACUGUGAUAGUAAAUCAGUUAAAACUGUUCACACUGGUUUCACAGAAGUGAAUAGAGCUUCUUUAGGUGUUGCUCUGGAUGUUUGUAUGAACAAAAUAUUUGAAUUUAUUGUAAAAGAAUGUAAUGGGGAAAAUGGAGAACUAAGUUGGGAGAAUAUUAAGUCAAUUUAUCACGAUUUGCUGUCUGUUUUUGAUAAGGUGAUCUUGCCUACUUACAGUUCCCUUCAUGUUCAAUUUGUGAUGUUCCUGUUAUGUUCCCUAAAACCAGCAGUAACUGAAGCUUUUUUGAAUUAUUUGUGGAAAAAAGUGUGUAAUCCUAAUUUGGCCAUAGUGUUAAGACAGGCAGCUGUGACUUAUAUUGCCAGUUUGGUUGCCAGAGGAAUGUUUGUAUCUUUACCGGUUGUCAAGGAAACAAUGCGUCAAAUGGCCGAAUGGAUCCACUCGUACAUCGGUAGUCAGGACAGUUUAGACAGUGUAAAUUCAGACGUGCGAGUUCACACAGUAUUUUACAGUGUAUGCCAGGCUUUGUUUUAUCUAGUUUCAUUUAGGCACAAGGAUUUAGUAGAUAGGAAAAAAAAUAUUAUUUUCUUGGAAAGUCUUCAGUUAGGAAAAAUAGUAACGAAUCGCCUGAACCCCCUUAGAGUCUGUCAACCGGCAGUAGUUCAGAAUUUUGCGGCGGUGACCCGAAAGUACCAGUUGGCUUAUUGUUACACGAUUAUCGAUCACAAUGCGAGAAAUUGUAUGCCGACAAUACACCAGGACGAAAAAGGAUCGCAAAUGAUUUCUGAUCAUAUUUUGAGCGACUUCUAUCCCUUUGAUCCGUAUGUGUUGGAACGAUCGGGUGAAAAAAUUCAACCCUGCUACCGAGAUUAUCAAGAAAAACCGUAUAGUAAUGCAAUGGAGGUGGACCAACGACAAAAUGAAAUAGAUGAUUUUUUAGAAAAUGUCGAGGCUUCGCCCAGUACCAGUCAUAAAAAUGUAUAUAACUUUUCCUAUAGUACAUCGCCAGGGUUUAAAUUUAAAAUGUAAUAAAAUUAUAUUAUUAGUUAAAUUGAAAUAAUUUGAACAUAAUUUGAAUUAGCUAAGUUGUAAAUAAUGAAUAUCUUUAUGGGAUAUAAUUAUAGUGUUAUUAUCUUUUUAAUAUUAUUACUACUAAACACGUUUUCA